AUGGCUUUGGGUUCCCUGGAGGUGGUAGGGUACAGCACUAUGCGUUUGGAUGGAGGUGCAUCCUUCCAAGCUCAAGAUGGCACCUUUGGGCCACUCCUGCGCAGUGGUGCUCGUUUGGAACUCAAGUGGCAUGUUGAGACCAAGAAGGGGAGGCCAGGGACAGGGCUGGGAAAAGAGACAGGUCAGGUCCAUUUCGAGGUUUGUGGCAAGACUGUAGGCAAAUUCCCAAGCUGGACAUCAAAGGCUUUGGUGCCUUUGCUUGUCAGGAAGCUUGUUGACGCUGAAGCUGUGGUGGGUAAAGACCCUCCUCGAGCCCUUGACUUAGGAACCAACAUUCCUAUCUUGGUCCACAUCUCUUUGCGGUCCUCCGCCCUGCGGACACCUGGCCAAAUGGCUGACCUUGGGAAGAGUGUUCCAGAGGCAGGGAAAAGCACGGCCAAGGGCCAAAAAGCCGUGCAGAAAGCAGAAGCUGACAGAGAAAUCCAGCGCACAGCCACCAGCAUGCUUCUAGAAAAACUGAAGCUCCCUUGCCCGCGUAAAGCCUUGCUGGAGGAUGUUCAUGAAGGGACUGGUAGCGGGACAGCAGUCGGCACUGUGGCACAAACUGGGGAGGCUGGAGUGGUACAGGCGGAGGAGGAAGGUGAGGACCAAAUGUCCACUGCAGCUGCAGCCCAGUUAGGACGUUCCGAUCAACUCGAGAGGCAUGAGCUGCCAGGCAUUUUGUUGCCCGACAACAUCUUUGAAACGACACUCCGGCCCUACCAAGCAAAGGCAGUAUACUGGAUGUGGCAGAGGGAGAAUCCAACAUCCUCUUUGCCAGAUGCCUUCAAAAAUGGAAGCUUGGACAAGUCAGAUGAUGCGCAGCGAACAUUUCGCAUCGCUACCUCAGCUGAGGCAGGGCAGGAGAGGCAGCUCCAUCCAAUGUGGGACGAGUACGAGCUCCCGGACAGUUCAACGGCGCCGCUUCCAGGUGUCAGGGAACCACCACGAUUCCUAUACUACCAUCGAACCAGUGGAGCUUUGUCUCUUGACUUCCCUGAUGCUGCUUUGGCUUAUUGUCGAGGAGGAAUUCUGGCGGAUGAUAUGGGCCUUGGAAAGACUGUGAUGUGCCUGGCAUUGAUGGCUUUGGACUUUGGUGAGCUCCCUACAGCUCGGACUGCUGCGCCAGAGCUUCGAGCGCUGGAAGAGGCUGAGGUUCCCUCAAAGCAGCGUUACCCUGUCCUAGACCAUGGUGCUGAUGGUGCUGAUCGCGUCGCUGGUGUGCUCGUUGUGGCUCCUUUGUCUUUGAUCAGGCAGUGGCAAUCAGAGGCCCAGAAGCAUUUUCUUUCCUCAGCUUGCCCCACAAUGCACGAGUUCCAUGCCUCAGGUUGCAAGGUCCCCUUGGAACAGCUGCGAGAUUAUGGGAUCGUCCUCACCACGUACAACACACUGGCAUCUCAAGGAGGUGACUCGCCGCUUUUCCAGCUCUACUGGCGAAGAAUUGUUCUUGAUGAGGCUCACUCUAUCAAGAACCGCUGCAGCAGGCAAGCCCAAGCCGCCUUUCAGCUGCGAGGCUUUUGCAGAUGGUGUGUCACUGGUACGCCUCUUCAAAACAGUGUGGAAGAGCUGUUCUCUGCCAUCCGCUUCCUACGCGUUGAGCCUUGGUGUGCCUGGCCUUGUUGGCGUCAAUCCGUAUCUGUUCCUCUUGACAAGGGCCGCCAAGGAGAUUCAGCGGCAAUGACCUUGGCAUUGGACACCGCACGCAGAAUUGUUACUCCACUGAUAUUGCGGAGAACGAAAAGCACGGUGGAUCCUUCUACAGGCGAACCUUUACUACGAUUACCCGCUAAGCAUGUCCAUGUGCAUCGCUUGCAGCUGUCGUUGGCCGAGCGCGACUUUUAUGAGACACUCUGGACCAAGGCCAAGACUCAGUUUGACACUUUCGUGGCAGCUGGUGAGGUCCUGUCAAAAUACACCCAUAUUUUGCAGCUGAUCCUAAAGCUCCGACAAGCCUUGUGCCAUCCUUUCAUGGUUUUCGCCCGUGAGCGCACGAAAGAUGAAGAUUUGGACACUCUUGAAAAGAAUUACUUGUUGGGUGCUAGUGGGGACCAAGUUUCGGAGACCUUUGCCAAUAAGCUCUUGGAGGAAAUCAAGAGUGGGCAGCUGAGUGAUUGUGCAAUUUGUUGCGAUGAACCUCAGGAUCCCACUUUGACCCCCUGUGGUCAUAUUUUCUGUCGGGAGUGCUGCUACAAGAUCAUUCAUCAGUGUUCCGGGGAGUGUCCUGUUUGCAGGACCGGAGGCAUAACCAAAAAGAGCUUGAAGGUCCUGCCAGGCGCCUCUCGGUUUCCUGCGCAUCUCAUGGCCAAGGCUUCUGCCGAAAACAAAGGAACUGGAGCACAUCAUAGUACCAAGAUGAAAGAGCUUCUGACCCUCUUACGUGCAGACAUGGCUGAAGGUCGGCGUGCAGUUGUGUACACCCAGUUUACAUCUUUCAUGGAUUUGAUUUCUGGGGCCCUAGACGCUGAGGGUAUCAGCCACAAAAGAUUUGAUGGAUCCCUAAAGUUGGAGCAGCGUGAUGAGUGCGUGAAGUGGCUGGCCGAAGAGGCUCCAGGUCAUUCGGGGGCAAGAGUGCUCCUGGUGUCUCUGAAGGCAGGUGGUUCUGGGUUGAACUUAGUGGCAGCUUCAAGGCUGUAUUUGAUGGAUCUUUGGUGGAACCCUGCAGUUGAGGAACAGGCGAUUCAGCGGGUACACCGAAUUGGGCAGAAGCAAGAAGUUCACAUCUUCAGAUUUGUUGUGGAGGACAGCAUCGACAUUGACUUGUUGGAGCUACACCGAGCCAAAGAACGAUUGCUGGAAGAUGCUCUUAGCGGUGGGGGGCACAGUGAAACAGCGGCCAAGCUGACUGUAGAUGACUUGAAGCGCCUUUUCAAUCCAUGCCGUUCGUCUUUGCGCAACCUGAAGAAUGGGAGCUCGGACAAACCUGGGGACCCCACAGUGGACCCCACUGGUCCAAUUCCAGAUGUGGUCAUGCAACCAGCCGAGCAAGAGGUGUUUGCAUGUGGCACUGGAACUUCUGCAUGCCAUCCGGGAUUUGGCACUCCGGCCUGUCAGGAACCUGUGCUGGAGGCUCCAAUGGCACAGAAGCAAGAACAAGCAGAGCCGCCCUUGUUGGCGGUUUGGGAUGCUGCUGGAGAUCUACUUGAAGGCUCUUUGGCUGUGCAAGACGGCCACAUGCCCAGAGUUGACUCAGCUGAUGUUGUCAUGCAGCAGUCUACCCACGAGGGAGCUCCACCCUUGGCAUCUCAAGAAGAGUUGGACGUGUCGAAGACACAAGAUCCACCCUUGGUAGCAGCAUGGGAAGCUGCUGGGGAUCUACUUGAGGGGUUGGAGGGCACCGGAACUUUUGGUUUUGGUGAGGAUGACAUCUCGGACAGCGAACUCCUUGCAGCUUGCCACGCUGCAGAAAAAGCUUUGGUGCAGACUAUGGACGGGGAGUGCGACCUUGGCUUUUAA